AGCUGAAGAACAAUGUCGGAUUAUCUUCCAAAAGAUGUUCUUGUAGAAAUUCUAUCAAAAUUACCAUUGAAAACCCUAGUUCAAUGCACCACCAUAUGCAAAUCAUGGUAUUCCAUAAUCAUAAACCCUAAUUUCAUUUCUCUCCAUCACAACACCCACAUCAGCACCGCCGGUCGCCGUCCUUUACUCUUCGUCCGGCACUACAACAUGUUUGACAGGGUUGAACGUUACGCGUUACACUUCGACGAUGAAGAGUUAGGAGAUUCAUCAGAUGCCGAUUCAUUCGAGGAGUAUCUUGAGCUGAAAUGCCCUGAAACAAGUCGUAGUGAGUAUUUGAGGAUUGUUGGUUGUUGUAAUGGUCUUAUUUGCUUAUCUGAUGAUUAUGAUAAGUUUACGGAUACUGUGGUGUUAUGGAACCCUAUAAUUCGUAAACAUGUGGGUUUGCCGAAUCCUAAUUUGGGGUAUAAUGGACGUGGGUCUUGUAUUUAUGGGUUUGGGUUUGAUGGUGUGAAGCAUGAUUAUAAAGUUGUUAGGGUUGUUUAUAAUAGUACUGCUACUGAGGAUUAUAAAUUGCAGAUUCCACCGACGAUUGAGUUUCUUGAUAAAUUGAGGGCUGUUAAAUUCUUGGUUCCACCUGGGGUUGAGGUUUACUCUUUGAGUAGUGGGGUUUGGAGGACUAUUUCUGAUGCCUGCCCUUCCUAUAUUUUGCAUCAAAAUCACUCUGUUUCGACUUUUCUUAAUGGGGCUGUUCAUUGGAUUGCAUCUCAUUCAAGUGACGAUGAUGAUGGUAAUGGGAAUAGCAACAAUGAUUGUAAUUGUAGUGGUAGCAGCAGCAGCAGCAGCAACAGUAAUAGUAAAGAUUGUAGUUUUAUUGUAGCGUUUGAUGUGGCGACUGAAAAAUUUAGUGAAAUAAGCUUGCCAGAGAGUGUUGCUGAGAGAAAUGUAAUGAAAUUGGAUGUGAUGAUUACGGGUACGUCACUUGCCCUAAUUGAGUAUGAAAAGUUUUGGCAGAGUGACUAUUGCUGGAUAUGGGUGAUGAAAGAGUAUGGUGUGGUGAAGUCUUGGAGUAGGCUGCAUAAUAUUGAUUUGAGAGGAGGAUUCAGGAAUGUUGUGGGAUUUAGGACUCACGGUGAGUUGUUGAUUUCUGCCAGAAUGGUAGGAAUGGUUUCAUACAACCCCAAGAGGAGAAACAUAAGCUAUCUUGGAAUCCAUGGCACCAAUCGCUCAUUCCAUGGUGAGCCUUUUUUCGAGAGCCUGGCUUUAGUUGGGAAAGAAGAUAGAUUUGCGCAGCAAGCAAAUUCAACUACUAAUGUUGUUCAAGAAGUUGGAUCUGAACUGGAUAAUGGUGACGAUGGAACUGUACUGGACAAUGGUGGAGAUAGAACUGUACUGGAUAAUGGUGGAUAUGGAACUGUACUGGAUAAUGGUGGAGAUGGAACUGUACCAGAUAAUGGUGAAGAUGGAACUGAGGAACAUACAUGAUAGUUAGUCCAGGAAUACUAGAUUCACUACAGUCGAAGGAAGAUUUUAUCGGAGUGGUUUUACUGGUUCACACCUUGGAUUGUCAAGCAUCCUUGUUAUGUGAUUCUGGUUUCUGAUGUCGCCACCUGAUCCAGUGUUCCUAUUUUCUUUGUAUGACUUGUAACUGUAUUUUUAUACUUGGCUCUGUAUAUAUCUCACUGAGUGUGUUGUUGUUGCUCUGUAUAUAUCUAGGAAAUUUAAGGGUUUCAAAUACUUUUUUUUUGUAAUGAUGAGUCCUGACAGAGUGUGUUGUUUUCCAUACGAAACGAAAGAAAUAGAUUACUUGUG